GAGAGGGAGAGAGUCAGUGUCUCUCUGCCACCCGUGUCUUUGUGAAGUCCAUGUGGUUACUACACACCGGCAGCGUCAGCACACAUCGUGGAGCGAGACAAAAACAACCACAUGCUCAGGAACAUCGAGUUCUGCGGAGGAUACACGAGUGGGCCACGGUCCACAGUGACGUCACAGAGGAGAAGAAUUCAAGACAAUUGUUACUGUGUGAAGCAGAAAUGAGCACUGAUCAGGAUGUGCUGAUGGAUGGCCAUUCAGCCACUGCCAUCUUUGCUGCGAAAGGCAUUGAUAUAACACCUAAUAAAGACCAAGGUGUAAUCAAGGUUGUAAAGCGUCGGGGUGUAGAUGGAGACCGAACGAUGACCGGGGACAGAGUAACUGUUCACUACACUGGAAGGCUCCUCAGUGGGAAAGUAUUCGACUGCAGUCGGGAUUGUAAAAAACCAUUUUGCUUCAGCGUGGGCAAGGGACAGGUUCUGAAAGCCUGGGAUAUUGGUGUGCUGUCGAUGCAGAGGGGAGAGGUGUGCACACUACUAUGUAAAGCAGAAUACGCAUAUGGGGCUGCUGGAAAUUCGGACAAAAUCCCUCCUAACUCUUCAGUGCUGUUUGAAAUCGAGCUCAUCAAAUUUGAAGGAGAGAUGCUUACGGAUGAUGGUGGCAUUACAAGGAGAACCAAGGUCAAAGGGGACGGUUACACUAAUCCCAAUGAUGGUGCAACUGUUGAUGUGCACCUGGAAGGGAGUUGUGAUGGUCGACUGUUUGACUGCAGGGACGUCCGUUUUAUCGUCGGCGAGGCUGAGGAUAAAGGAGUUCCUCUAGGAGUAGACCGAGCCAUGGAUAAGAUGCAGAAAGGAGAGUGCUGUGUACUUUAUCUAAAACCAAAGUAUGGCUUUGGAAGAGAAGGCAAACCAGAAUACAAUAUUGGACCAGACAAAGACAUUGCAUAUGAAGUUACUCUCAAAGACUUCCAAAGGCAUAAAGAAUUCUGGGAAAUGGACUUAAAAGAGAAACUAGAGAUGGCCGUUGGAAUUAAGCAUAAAGGGAAUCAGUAUUUUAAGGCCGGCCGUUACUACCAGGCAGUUAUUCAGUACCAGCGCAUCAUCUCCUGGCUUGAGAUGGAAUGUGGUUCCGGGAUGGAGCAGAUGAAUAAGAUACAAGAGUUUGUUUCCACAGCACACCUCAACUUAGCUUUGUGUUUUCUACGGGUACAGAAGUUCUCACAAGUAGUGGAGCACUGUAAUAAAGUUCUUGAGCUUGAUGAGAGCAAUGAGAAGGCUUUGUACCGCCGUGGGGAAGCCUGUCUGUCUCUUAACGAGUUUAGCCAGGCCUUAGCCAACUUUGAGAAAGUGCUGAACGUCAACUCCUCCAAUCGAGCAGCGCGUGCUCAGAUUUCUGUCUGCAGAAGCAAGAUUAGAGAACAUAAUGAGCAAGACAAGAAGAUUUACGCCAACAUGUUCCAGAAAUUUGCAGAGCAUGACACCAAGGUCAGGAAGAUGAAGAGGAGUUGGAACGACAGUGUGAAGACCAAUGAAAAUGGGGAUGUGGACAUUAAACGGUGGCGGCGAAGGAGUCAGGACUGCUCGUCCUAAAAGAGAUAGGACUAGCCUCCUGUGCUGCCCAAUCCCAGGCAGGAGAGGCAACAAGGAAGUCGCACAAAAGCCUCGAAUACAAACUUCUUUCUCUCGAUUUUACCAUUCCUGCAUAUAAAGCAGAGUGUAAGCAGGGACAUUUGUAAGACAAACCACAAUUCCCCUGCUGCAUGGACUGUGCAACUGCCAGAUUGUACCUCCUGAUGGAGUUUGGAGAAUUGUUAAAAGUAAUGAACACUUGGGGCCUCCUUUUGUUUUCCAAAUAUGAACUUAAAAAUCACUUGGCCAGUGUUCAAAAUGAAGAUCAGCCUUCACAGUGUGUAUUCUGCUCCAAAAUUAUACAGGUUGGUUUUCAUUUAACAUCUGACUGGGUAUUACACCUUUGUAGUGCAGCUACCCGCACAAAAUAUGAGGUGUUUGGUGUUCAGACUUUGAUCAUUUUUAAUGUGCAGUACAUACUUUGAUGAGAAUGUGCAACAUGUGAGAUAUGUCUCGUGGUAUUCUGCUAAAAUAAUCCAUGCCCACCCAGUGGCCUACAGGUGCCAUGACACUUACAAAUUUAGGCAACACCGGCAAAAGCAGAAAACUGGCAAAAAAAAACAAAAAAAACUUGCAAAUUGGGAAAAAAAAUGAGCUUGAAAAACACAGAGAAUACAAACAAAUAUAACCUUGCAGCACAUGCAACAAUUUAAUUUGAUAAUAUAGUUGCUGCAAAUUCACACAGUGCACCCAAACACAGAAAUGGUUUGCAUCAUUUCACAAUGCAACACAAGUAGUAGCAACACAACAGAAGUGCUCAGUGGAAAGAGUCAAAUCUAACAAAUGCACAAACAACUGAUAUUUAAUUUUGCAAAAAACAAACAAAAAACC